GGGACUAUUUUAGGACCAUUGUUAUUUUUACUGUAUAUAAAUGACUUACCAAAUUGCCUUGAGCACUCCCAAGCACGAAUGUACGCGGAUGAUACUAAUUUAACAUUUGCAAGUAACAAUAUUGACGACAUAAAUUAUCACCUUAAUCAUGACCUUGCAAAUGUGAACAAAUGGCUUAUCGCCAAUAAGCUUACUCUAAAUCAAUCCAAAACUGAAUUUAUGCUAAUUGGCUCACGACAAAGAAUAGCCACAUUUCGAUUAGUUCCAUGUUUAGAAAUAGACGGGGUUCCUAUUGACAAGGUUUUACAAGCAAAGUCUCUCGGAGUGUACCUUGAUGAGAAUCUAUCUUGGAAUAUACAAAUUAAUGAAUUAACAAAAAAGAUUGCUUCUGGUAUUGGCGCUUUAAAACGUGUUCGAUCAUUUGUCCCAGUCGCAACAUUGCAAUUAAUUUUUAAUUCCUUGGUUCAGCCAUAUUUCAAUUACUGUUGCACAGUUUGGGACAAUUGCAACAAAACCCUAGCUGAAAAACUUCAAAAACUACAAAAUCGUGCAGCAAGAGUACUAACAUUCUCCAGUUAUGACUAAUGCUGAUGGUUUAAUUGAGAAACUUGGCUGGAAAAAAUUAUCAUCCCAGCGCCAGUUUCAAAAAGCUGUCAUGGUCUAUAAAUCAUUAAAUGGUCUUGCUCCUGAUUACAUGCAUUCCAUGUUUGUAAACCGUGACAGUGUUAAUCCUUAUUCGCUGAGAAACACUGAGAACAAACUAGCUGUUCCCAAGCCCCGCACGAACUAUCUCAAGAAUAGCUUUAGCUAUAGUGGUGCGGUGCUGUGGAACAGUCUUCCGAUUGGGCUACGGCAAGCAAAUAACUUGAUAAAUUUCCGAUCGGGCUGUGCCAAAUUAUUUUAACUUUCCUUGUAUAUAUUGUUAUAUUAGCUUAGUACACGGCCCUCAUGAAAAGCAGGUAUUAUAUUUUCUAUUUACUUUAGCGUGGUUCUACUUUUGUAAUUUAUCUAAUUUAGUUUGUUGCAUGUUAAAUCCUGAUGAGAAUACCGUGUGUAAAUAAAGUUUUAAUAAUAAUAAUAAUAAAAAGGUUGCUUUGGUUUUGAGUCGUUGAUUCUUUUAGGAAGAAACUAGCUUUCCAUCUCAUACGUUUUGUUACGCUUUCCACUUUUUUAUUCAAAUUCUAUAUUUGCACCCGGUAAUCGGUUGUGCACUCUUGUCUACGUUAUUCAUUUUAUUUCUACUUCAAACAUGCGACAAUUUCGAUUCGAUUAUUCACUAAAGAAUUUGAUUGAAAAAGUGGAAAGGAUGCAGAAUGCUUACCUAAAGAAUUUGAUUGAAAAAGUGGAAAGCAUAACAAAACGUAUGAGAUGGAAAGCUAAUUUCUUCCUAAAAGGAUCAACGACUCAAAACCAAAGCAACCUUUUCGGCCUUUCGUCUAACAAAUCGCCUCCUUCAAUUCCACUUUUGAAACCUUUCGAAGACGACUUGAUAAAACUAAUUGAAAACGUAAAAUUCCGGCGUCCUAAAGACCAAUUUCAGACAUCUUUGGCUAACGAUUUGAAGAAAAUUAAUUCAUCCCCCAACAUUUUCAUUUUCGCGGACAAAACUAGAAACAUUUACGAAACGUCACUGAACACAUACAACGAACUCUUACAUGAUAACAUCACGAAAACGUACAAACAUGGAUCAGAGGACUUCAUACAUGAAAUUGACUCCGAAUUGAAAGAAAUUUCGAGUAGGUUAGAAAUUGGCGACAGAAUUGAACGAGUGAAAAAACGCGAAGCAUUUAUAUCUUUAAAAGAUCACAAAGAAAAUUUCGAAAACAAUCCAAAAUGCCGACUAAUUAAUUCCCGCAAAAAGCGAAUCCGGAAAACUAAGUAAGGUUAUUUUAGAUAAAAUCAAUUCCAAUUUGAGACAAAAACUAAAUUCAAAUCAAUGGAGAAAUACACAACAAGUAAUUUCAUGGUUUGGCAAUGUAAACGAUAAAGACAGGCACAGUUUUAUUUCAUUUGAUAUUGUGGAUUUUUACCCAUCCAUUUCCGAAAAACUUUUAAAUGAAGCAUUGGCCUGGGCUUCGGAUUUGACUACUAUUACCGAAAACAAUAUUUCAAUAAUAAAACAUGCAAGAAGAUCUCUACUUUUCGGCAACGGCAAAUUAUGGACAAAAAAAGACGGAAGCAACAGUUUAUUUGACGUCACUAUGGGUAGUUUCGACGGCGCUGAAAUUUGUGAGCUGGUAGGCCUUUUCAUUUUAAAUCACUUAGGUAAGAGGUUUGGCAAGGAAAACAUCGGCCUUUAUAGAGAUGAUGGUUUGGCUAUUAUAAAAAGCAAAUCCGCCCGUUUACUAGACAAAACUAGAAAAGAGCUACACAAAAUUUUCGAGCAAUUUGACCUAAAAAUCAUCGCCCAAGUAAAGAUGAACGUUGUAAAUUUUUUCGAUGUUACUUUCAACCUGAUCAACGCAAAACACAAACCAUACAGGAAACCCAAUGACGAUCCAUUAUACAUCCACAGACACUCAAACCAUCCACCAAGCAUUACAAGACAAUUACCUACAGCUAUCAACAAACGCAUUGCACUUCUCUCAUCGGACAAACAAACAUUUAAGGAAUCCACACCUAUUUACCAGAACGCUCUUACACAUAGUAACUUUGAUCAUGAAUUUACGUACACUCAGGAUGCACCGCAACGGACACGUAGGAAUAGGCAACGCAACAUAAUUUGGUUCAACCCACCAUUUAGUGAGAGUGUUAACACGAACAUAGGACGGGAAUUCUUAAGUUUAAUUGACAAACACUUCCCACUACAGCACAAACUACACAAGAUUUUUAACAGAAACACUUUAAAAGUAAGCUACAGUUGCAUGAACAACGUUAGGUCUAUAAUCACCAAACACAACGCACAUAUAAUUAGGAACAGUCAAUCACGAGAAUACGGAAACUGACAACUGUAACUGCGACAACAAAAACACUUGCCCACUACCGAAACAAUGUAUGACCAACAACAUUAUUUACAAAGCCACAGUCACAACGAACAACACGAACGACACUUAACACUACAUUGGUAUGACAGCGACUACAUUUAAGGAACGUAACGCUAACCACACUUCAUCUUUUCGUCAUAAAAAAGACUCAAACAAAACAGAACUUUCGAAACAUAUUUGGAAAUUAAAAGAAAACAAUCAGGAUUAUACCAUCAAAUGGUCAAUUUUAAAACACGCUAUUUCGUACACAGGGGGAUCAAAACGCUGCAAUUUAUGUUUGGAAGAAAAAUUUUGCAUUUUGAAAGACAUAGACAAAGACAAUUCACUCAAUAAAAGAAGCGAAAUUUUCGGCAAAUGUCGUCACAAAAACCGGUUUCGAGUAAACAAGGUCGUUAACAAAACCUAAUGACCCAAGCAUGCAUUGUUUCUCCUAAGCAUUGUUUCGCCUACACGCAUUCCGCACAUUCUUUCGAUAGCAUAAAAGCAACCUACAAUUUCGAAAUUAUUCACCACCUGAUGAUUCCUAUACGGAUGAAACAGACUGUUGUGGUUUUUUGAGGUAAAACGAAAAACUAUAUUACGCUCUAUCUAUAUGGUAUUGAGCACUGUUUGUGUUUCGUAAACGAAAAUCUUAAGCUAUAUAUAUAUAUAUAUAUAUAUAUAUAUAUAUAUAUAGAUUGAUAGAUAGAUAGAUAGAUGGACCGCUGUAAGUGCUGCUCAGUCAAUCACAGUCCAAGAUUUCACCGGAAGUGAUGCUUGCUAUAAAAUUGGCAUUGAAAAAUUAGUUUGCUUCAUUCAAUAGAACUCUUAAAUUAUAUAAUACAUCCGCCAUCUUGGACUAAAUCCUGACCUCAUUAACUAUGAGAUAUGUGUAACAUUAACCCUUAAAUGUUCGAGUAAAAAUCUAAAAUUGUCUGAAAUGUUUUGAACGUGGCUCGAUAUGGUUAUCACAAAAACCUUGCUCAAAAAUCGCGAGCAAAACCAGCUAGCUGACCACUUUUACGCGCAGGUCGUGGAAACUGAUUAACAAAAUGUAACGACUUCCAAAAUGACCUGACGUGAGCAGUUGCUCGCGCCAUCUGACGUCAUUGCGCAUGUUCUAUAGCGUUUUAUGUCAAUUGUUGACGUCAUUAGAAUUUUUCAUUUUAGAAAAACAAUGCGCUAUAUUUCUCUAUUUUGUCUGGAGACCUAUGUUCAAAUUUUGUAUACUGUAUUACACCGCUAAAAACUUUUUACCGAAGAGUACGACAUUUUCGCUUUUUCCAAGAAAUUGGCAUUACAGAAUUUUUUUAUAUUUUACUAUUUCUUAGUUUUUCUUCCAUGUAAAAUAAUGCACGAAAAAAAUGGAGUUUACCAUGCUUCUUUUCCAACUAUACGAGUCGAUAGGCCAAUUUGGAGUGAAAUUCGUACAAGUAUGUUGUCAUAGCAACGAAAUAUCUGUUUCUAAAACUAAUAUAGCUUGAAAGUAAAGAUAUCAAAGUAUAUAAAAAACCCAAUAUCUGAUGAAUAAAUCCUAAAAAUGCGUAGUUUGAGCAUGUCAAAUGAAAGUGUUGAACACCUGAAUAUUUGAAAAGUGUAUCGAGCAACCUUAAUCGUUUAUAAAUUUCAUACAGCAACGAGAAACAAAGUUUUAGACCAAUAGUGAUCGCGUACUCUUAAGAUAAAAAUUAGCGUAACCCUAUCUUGCCAUAACAUGCAUAUUCUCUAUAAUCCAAGAUGAGGAACAGCUCACUUUUGUCAACAAAAUAUUUGGAAAACUAUUAAACUAACCAAGAUAUAAACAAUAAUGUUUUUUUUAAUUAUUUUUAUUUUUUUAUUGUCAAUGUCCUUUUAAUGUUACCAGAUACUUUAGAUCCGGGAACAGAGAAUUAUUUCGACAUACUGAAUGAUGCAUAUCAAACAUUUAAUAUGCAAUCAUGCAUAAAAAAAGGUUCAGGCUGCAAUUCAUCAGUUCCCAAGUAGUUUUUGAUAUUCGGUUAUAUGUUCGGGUUAGUCUUAAGGUGCAAAGAACGACUAUACUGCAUGGUCUCGAUUGUCAUGUAUAGAUGCUAGUUCAUGUUUCGCUUUUGCUUUGUGCUUUAUUCUAGCAAUAUUUCUAAAUCGAAAUACUCAUCAUAUCUCAUGUUUUAUAGGAUAAUGAAAUUCAGGAUUGGAUUCGUGAUCUUCAUGAUAACGGUUACAAAUUUGGAGGUAAAAGUGUGGAUAAAAAAGUGCCCAAAUCAUUUACGAAUCGUGAAGACCUGAUCAAUUUCCUGACCAAGGUGAUCUUUACCUGUUCUUGCCAACAUGCUGCUGUUAACUUCUCUCAGAUGGCCACCUAUGGUUACCAUCCUAAUUCUCCAACCUUGAUGAGACAACCAGCGCCCACAAAGAGAGGAGAAGCAGAUUCCACUGCCAUCAUGGCUACUUUGGCAAAUAAACACCAAGCUGGUAUAAUGAUAGCCGUUGUCAAGGCGUUAACUACCGUUUAUCCAUCUGAGGUAUUUGAAUAAUCUGAUUUAUACCUUCUCAACUCAGAAACGUUCGAGGCCAAUAUUAAUAAUAUGCUUAUUGGCGACAUCAGCAACUGAUUAUUUAUUCGCAACAUGGAGUAAAACUUGAAAUCGAUUUAUCCAAUUAUAAUCUUUCCAUAUAUUUUAAUAUAAAUUCAACGUCUACGACUUUGCAUUGGACAGUAAAUAGGCUACUAUGCAAAUUUCGUGCAAAGACUGCCACUAGCUUCAAAUCGCCUUUUCGGCUCAGGAAAUAUCUAAAAUAAAAAAACUGCUUUACUGUUCUAUAGACAUUUUCUUGUCUAUUUUUCAGCCAUUUCUGGCUGCAACAGAAAUAUAUAUAUUUAUUAUAUGGACAAUGGUGUUUUACUGGAAAUUAAAACACUCAUAGAACUCAUACGUCACUACAUCCGGGACCAGGUGCGCGUAUUUUCCGUAUUUCACCCCUGCCAGUGACAUACGAAGUUCGAAAAUUUCCCUCCAUUUUCAUUGUUGUUGUUUUGAAAAUGCAAAUGGUCUUUGGUUCGUAUAUAAAACGAAUUUAACGUUGGAUAUAAAACGAAAACAUUUAAAAGACAUUUUGAGAUAAGUAAAAUUUAUUCUAGCUUUAUAUACUGGUCUUUCGCGUGCUUUUUUACAUGUCGUAUUUGUGUGUAUUUUUGUCACUCUGAGUAAGUCCAUAUAAUAAACAGAACUUUAAACGAUUGCGAGAAGAUAUGGAUUUAUGUUCUCGUGUCAAAAACAAUAUCUCACUCGUUCGCCGCGCUCACUGGUGAGAUGUUGUUUUUGCCACUCGAACAUAAAUUCCUUAUCUCUUCGCAACUUUCUAAUAACCAAUAAAAGUAUAAUCUAUAUAUCUGUUAUUUACCGGAUCCGAUGUCCGGAUGAGAAAAAACUGCGCCCGAGAUCUUGAGAACGGCCAGAGGUCGAAGGGCGAGGGACGUUUUCAAGACCGAGGGCACAGUUUUUCUCACCGGACCGACGCUGCCGGUAAAUAACGUGUUUAUUUUUUAUCAGAUGUUAAAAUUAAAUAUUUAAAUUCAUUAAAAUUCCAGCAUUGCUUGCAAACUAAUUUGAGAUCAGUGCAGUUGUGUAUUUUUAAAACGAGGCUGACAAAAAUUGAAAUGUUGAAAGAUAUAAAACACGAUAGAAUACGAAAACUCGAGAAAACUGGCAAGAAACACACAAAAAGGUACCCGGACAUUUUGCCGAAAGACACUUUGCCGAAAGACAUUUUGCCGAAAGACAUUUUGCUGAACGGACAUUUUGCCGACGGGCGUUUUGCCGAACGGACAUUUUGCGGAACGGAAAGUUUCUGUCACCAAAAUCGACAAUGACUUUAGUCAUAGAAACAUUGACCGUGUAAACGAACCUUUAAAGUUCAGAAUAUAUCUCUAUUUUCGGCAAGUUGUCCAUUCGUGAAACUGUCCGUUCGGCAAAAUGUCCAUUCGGCGAAAUGUCCGUUCGGCAAAACGUCCGUCGGCAAAAUGUUCGUUCGACAAAAUGUCUUUCGGCACAAUGUCUUUCGGUAAAGUGUCUUUCGCCAAAAUGUCCGGCCACCCACAAACACACGUAUAGUUUCAGUAAAUUUACAUGCUUUUUUCAUGAAUAUAAUAGCCGAAAAGCUUUGGAAUUAAGUCUGGCGUUUUAAUUUCUGGCUUUGACAAAUUCAGUUGCUUCUGACAACGACGGGUUCAUGUUCAGAUCCGGUCAAAACCACAUAAAAAUGAAUCUGUUUUGACGCAUGUAAUCAACGUUUUUCUACUAAAAGGACAACGAAUAAGGUAUGCUAUUUUUAUACUUUUUCGAUUGUGGUCAUUUCACGAUAACAUGCUUGAAAAAGGUGUUUUAACACAUAGACUUUUACUUUGUGUACAAUAUUAAUAUCAGUAAAAAAUGCUCGACACAUAUGGGUAGAGAAUAUAAUUUAUUCGUGACUUGUUUUUCACUGCUGCAGUUAAAACUUCUGUUAAAUGGGAAAACAUUUCUUCUACAAUAUCUGUUUAAUUUAAUCUGUAUUUUUCGCUUUGAAGUGGCCGAAUACAUGAGCAUUUAAAAAAAUAUGUAGUUUUCUCGGCCUAAGUUUUAUAAAUGUCAAAUAACUUUCCGACUUUCAGUCGCAUUUCUAUCAAAAUAUUGUCAAUUCUGGUGUACAUCGUGUUUAGAAUGAAGUCUUUAGGAGUUGAUGCAAUUCAUUUUCGUAUCCUACAAACGUUUCGGGCAGAUUUUUUUCGUUUGAAAAUUGUUUCACUCCCUAUUUUUUGCCGCGAAAACCAGAGCGGGCAGUUGUAUUUCACAGCGGGCAGUUGCGUUUCACAGCGGGCAGUUGCGUUUCAGAGUGGGCUGUAUAUACAAAAAAAUAGCCCGCUCAGAUUGCUUCCAUGUUGGUCAAAUUUACCAAAAAUUUCUCCCACACGUGCAGGGUCGUAUUGUCAGUGGAGAUCUUCCAGAAAGUGGCCAGUUCUUUGAAAAAUGCAAUUUAAUAACUAAACAAUCAUCACAAAAAAUAAAUAUUUUCACGCCCGGCUCAAGGUUUUAAAAUUAUUGCUAUUAUACGCAUGUGCCUAAACUAAAGGUUAAAAUUUUAGUUACAAAUUUCUAGGUGGAUAUAGUUCAGGUUGCAAAACUCGAUUUAACAUAAAUUUAACAUCUAUAGUACUUUUUAUCGCUGGCUGAUAAACACGCCUUCUUAGUUCGGCUGCUUCCGUCGACUUGUUUCUCCUCGUUUUUUUUUCUCUCUCUAUGAGAAUUAAUUGAGUUCGAAAAUACACAUCCAUUCUCAACAGUGAUGGGUGGACAUUGCGAAUAUUUUUAUUGAUUAUAUUUUUCGUUGCUGGUAUAAUGAAAACGUGAAAAAGGUUUUGAUAUUUUUUUGUGCUAAUAAUAUCGCCGUAAUUAGCUGGGUAAGUAUGUUUAUUGAAUACUACACUGAAGCAUAGCUCAGUUAUUAUGGGCGCAAAUCAAAUGAAAUUUUGCAUACUGAUUGUACAUGAUGAGACGCAUGGAAAAACACUUCUAAUUUUGUUGACAAGGUAACAAUGUCGUUUCCAGGCCCCUUGCGCCAAUUUUAUGAAACAGCUUUAUUCAAGGUACUGAUAAAAAUAAAAUAAUAUCAGAAGAAUGUGUAUGAUACCUAUGCAUGCCAAAAGUUUACUUGCAUGAUAAUAAUUCGAAAAUGACAUACACAUAGAUAAAUGCAACUAGUUAUUCAAAAUCAGUGUAAGGGGCCUGGGAACGACUGUGUUGCCUUGACAACGAAAUUAGAAGUAUUUUCCAAUUGGUCUCAUCAUGUACUAUCUGUAUGCAAAAUUUCAUUUGAUUUGAGCCAAUAAUAACUCAGCUAUGCUUUAGUUUACUAUUCAAUAAACAUACUUACCCAGCUUAUGACGUCCAGAAUGUGCUGAAUCAGCAAUUUAUAUUUUGCACAUUUUUGCGUAUAACUUCGGAACCAGAUGAGAUAGGAUAGAGCAGUAAACGGCCAAUGGGCUUAUUGUUUCAUGCUCUUUCAGAUGAAGCAAUAAAAUCAAUACAAAUUUGUUGUUGCCCAUACCCUUAAAAUUAAGUAAUUAUUAUUGCCAUAUUGUCAAAUCGCUAUAAUUGCCUUCAUGAUGCAGUCUUUUACUGACUUUAGGGUCUCUGAGUUUUUACCUUGCGAGUUUUUCCAAGGAUCUGAUGAACGAAGUUUUCUCAAUUUAGUUGUUUCUUGGGGAUUAUGCUGACAACUUAUUUGGUGAUGCUUCAGCACAGGCAGCCUUGGCGAAAUUCAAGAGUAAGCUUGACGAGAUAACGGAGAAGAUUAAGAAAAGGAACGAAGGAAUGGUAGCUCCGUACACAUGGCUCUUGCCUGAGCGUAUUCCGAACAGUAUUGCUAUUUAACGUAUCAUGAACUCGCUUCUCAUUGGCUUGACAAGCAUAUUAUUAAUCUUUUGUUAUAUCUUUUUAAUAUUUUAAGGCACUGUUAUUAUUAUUGUGCUUAGUAAUGGUGAAUAAAUUAAUAAAUAAAUGAAUGAAUAUAUUAA